GCCAGCAGUGGCGGCCACUGCAUUUAAAGAGUGCAGGAAUCCUUCCAGUUCACAUCCUUGGAGGCAUAAGAAAACAGGGAAAAACAUCAAGCUACUCUGGUUGCCCUUCGCAUACAAGGAUGCCAAACUGGGGAGGUGGAGCCAAAUGCGGUGCCUGCGAGAAGACAGUGUACCACGCUGAGGAAAUUCAGUGCAAUGGAAGGAGUUUUCACAAGACAUGCUUCCUCUGCAUGGCUUGCAGAAAAGCUCUGGACAGCACCACAGUAGCAGCUCACGAAUCUGAAAUCUACUGCAAAACUUGCUAUGGAAGAAAAUAUGGUCCCAAAGGUGUUGGCUUUGGACAAGGGGCAGGAUGUCUCAGCACUGACACUGGGGAUCAUCUAGGCUUGAAUCUGCAACAGGGAUCACCAAAGCCUGCUCGCCCUUCUACACCAACUAACCCUUCAAAGUUUGCCAAAAAGAUUGUCGAUGUGGAUAAAUGUCCCCGCUGUGGCAAGUCAGUGUACGCUGCAGAGAAGAUAAUGGGGGGAGGAAAACCUUGGCAUAAGACAUGCUUCCGCUGUGCUAUUUGUGGAAAGAGUUUAGAAUCUACCAAUGUUACAGACAAAGAUGGAGAGCUCUACUGUAAAGUUUGCUAUGCAAAAAAUUUUGGUCCCAAAGGAAUUGGUUUUGGUGGCCUCACUCAAGCGGAAAAGAAAGAAUGCGAAUGAGAAGUGGAUGCAACAGAGUCUGCUGUUGAUGUUAGCAGAUAACAGUUGACAAGGAAAACAAAAACAUCACAUAUCGCUAAUAAACUAGGGCAUUUGUUUAAUAUUCUCCACCUUCAGAAAAAGCUUGCAAACUUGUAUCUUAAGAAAUUCUUAGAAUAGCCUAAAAAAAGUUACAAUGAUAAAGUUAGAUUUACGUUUAGAGCAAAUAAAGACAAAAACUUCUGUUCAAGGAACAUUAUUGUUUCUUAAACUACUAUUUACCACAUUUUAGUCUGAAUUUUCAAAGACUCAGCAUACUGUCCCAUUAAGACAGAGAUAUCUUACGGAUCACAGAGCGGUAAAGGUCAGCGUGUUCUGACUUAGGCCAGUUUCCUAGUGGUGUUUUGAACAUUUUGAUGUUAUUUGUAUUAUGGCAAAACAGAUGUUACUCACUUUGAGACAAUUAAAAAGUAUCUGAAAUUCUCUUUCAAAGGGAGCUAUUUCUGAAGAAAUAGCAAGUUUUCUUAGAAUAUAGUGCUGUCAGUUUUGUUAUUGUAUGUUUUCAAGCUACAAUAAAGUACUCAUAUUGCUUCACA